GUUUGGAUCGUGCUAAUUGCCGGACUAGGACCUGAGACCUCCGCACUUAGCUCUGUGCGCCCUGCAGCUGGAUUGCCUACUUUCGGCGGACCCAGUCAAGGACUCAAUUGACUGCCCAAUCAACUACCUAGUGAACCGCCGAUAAAACCCCCCGAAUCCCUCUUUCCUUUUUAAUGCGACCACGCCCCGACUUGUUACCCAGUUACUCCACUUCAUACCUAAACUACUUACCUUCUCUAUUCCUAUUCUUCCUAAACAUGUCAACACUAACCUACCAAUGCUCUCCAUGCAACAAGCUUUUUACGGGAUCGUACGCACUAAAGCGACACCGACGCACGAGAACAUGCAGCGACAAGAGAGGCGUGGAGCCUAAACUCUACGAAUGUUCUCAGUGCCCCAGAACGUUUUUGUCGAAUUAUUACCUAAGAAAUCACAAAACAAAGAAGCAUGGCGAAUCGAUAAUCAAUGACUCUCCCGACUCCCUUUACCCUGGAAUUACAGAUGCCGUCCCAGGGAAUUUAUACCUACAUCGCUACGAGGAAGACAACAUUCAAUAUCCCGUAGCCAUUGUGCAAUGUGUUGGUCUACUGGAGCGGUUUUGAGUCGAAAUGAACUUCGUGCCGAGCUGUUACGAGGUUUCGGAGGGACGUAUUAUAGGGUGGGCGCCUUUGUACGAGGACGGCGGUACGUCGGUUGCGGAGCGAGAGUUUUCUAUUCAAUACUUCGACGACCAAGGAUCUCUUGGGUGGGCGCGAGCUCGGGAUCUUUCGCCGUUCAAUAUCCCUCACUUUGAAGAGGCAUUGAACUAUUACAGAGCGACAACAGCC